AUGCACAGGGCACUUAAGAUUGGACCCUUCUGGGCACAUAUCCCCGGAUAUGAAACGCGAGCCGACUGCCCUCGAUGUGGCGUGAGGGAAUCUCUAGCCCACAUCCUGACGGAGUGUCAAGCUCCAGGACAGGACCUAGUGUGGGCCAUGACGGGCAGCCUAUGGUAUAGAAAGACGAAGACCUGGAGUAAGCCCACCUUAGAAGACAUCCUUGCGGUUGGCCUCGGCACAUACGCCAAGCCAACGACAGCGAAGCGACGAGAAUCGAUACGCCGCCUCUGGCGCAUAGUGAUCUCGGAGGCGGCCUACCUCAUCUGGAAACUAAGGUGCGAACGGGUGAUCGAACACACCGAUGAGGGAGACUGGGAACACUCACGAAUAGAGAUCUCCAGACGGUGGCAUAUGGCACUGAACCGUCGACUGCAAAUGGACCUGAUCGCGACAAGGAAGAGUUUCGGCCUUCUGGCGCACUCUCAUCUCCUGGUAUUAGCGACGUGGUCUGGUGUCAUUGGAGAUGAACAAGGUCUCCAGCUCGACUGGACGAGAGUCCCAAGGUUUUUACAACGAUGGGCGCGACCCAUCCGCUGGCAGAGUUGA